GAAUUAUUCUCAAAGACAACAUAGGCGACAUGAGUUUUCACGGCAACCAAUUUACGAGUCCCACUUGGGAUGAGCAAUACAUCCAAGACUCGGCUCUUGAUCAACAGCGAGAAACUCCGGUAGCGUAUGCUCCUAGGGCUCCACCGAGACUUCAGCAUCAUAAUCCAGUCAUCACUCAAGGCUAUAGCGUUUUUGCACCUGCAUCUAUCACCGAAACCCCCGCCCAGCCUGCGAUCCAGGGACAUCAGCCAUAUACUUAUUCAUACACCAAUGAACAUUUGCAGCAUGGCAACCAAAUUCAGCAAUAUGACUCCGGAUCUCCGCACUAUGAUCGCCCGAUCAUGUCGAUGGAUGUCGUAACUCAGGAAGCUUGGCCUUCGGAAAAUUUCCAUCAACAUCAUACCACUUACACACCCGCUUACACGCCCACUUACACACCUGCUGUCGACAUUCCUCUCGAGCAACUUGCAGCCAAUCAUAACCCAUUUCAUCAACCUACUACGCAAAUCAUACCUCAAGAUACCAACGCUUUCAAUAAUGCAGAUGCAGAUCCGGGUGUUUGGAGCCCGGGUGUCUGUCAACAUGCAAAUUGUCUAGCAAAACCUUCGGACAAGCAAAAAAAAUACCAAGAACAUUCGGAUUGGCGACGCCAUUGGUUUAGGGUACAUGUAAAGCAAUACCAAUGUCAGAUUGAAGGUGACGUGUUCGGGACGGCCAAUGAGCUCAAACGCCAUUCUGAAGCUAAACAUCAAACGGGGGCCAAACGGCAUUACUGUCACAUUGCAGGAUGUCAAGCUCGUGCGAGAGAGUUCAACAGGAAAGACAAGUUUCAAGAGCACAAGGAGAAAUGGCAUGGGCCUAACUACUGUUCUGUUCCUUACUGCGAUCGAGGACCUGACAACGGAUUUAAGAACGAGAGGAUGUUGAUGGAUCAUAUACGCAGUCGUCAUAGUGCGUGAGGUUCCCUGUAGAAGAUGGCCAUGAGAGAUAUGAUUUAUGAAAGGUAUGAGAAUAUCCUUCAGCUAAAUGAAUACA